AUGUCGGGGGGGUUGAAACCCGGUUUUGAUUGCAAUGUGUGUUACGAGAAUCCUGUGGACCCGGUGGUAACUAAAUGUGGUCACCUAUAUUGCUGGAAAUGCUUGCAUAGCUGGUUGGAGAAAGGAGUCGCGGAGUGUCCAGUAUGCAAGGCCGGCGUCACAAAGGAGAGUGUUAUUCCUGUAUAUGGUCAAGGCAGCAGCUGCGAAGACCGUCGAGAUGUCCCCAAGGAAUCUGUGCCGGAGAGGCCAAAUGCCCAACGCGAUCCGCCCCCCAGGCGUCGCGAAGGCCCCCGGCACGGCUUUACGAGCGGCGCAUCCAUUCACAUUGGUGUCUUUCCUUUCGGGCUGACUGUGAAUAUUGCGGACUGGUUUGGUGGUACCGACGAAGAAACCCAGAACAUGUUAGUGGCGUUGGCGUUUGUUGGUCUUUCUAUGAUAAUAGUCUGGACUGUUCUUUUUUCUUUAUAA